CGAGAGUUAAUUAAAGUCUCGUUGAAACUAAUGACAAAAACAAUCGAAACAAACUGCUGUGUGCAACAUUAAUUUGUCGUUUAUUACUUGAGUUUUUUUUUACUUCUUCAUCUUCUCGCUCGCUGUGUGUCUCGGUAUUAAUUUCUAUCGCGUUCAAGUAAUUCGCUCAGCACGAAGCUGAAUACCUGUGAUAAAGUGUGAAUCUGAGCGAGUCUGAAAUCGAAGAGGGGAAAAAAAUGCUAAUUGUUUCAAUGCUAUUCGAUGUGAAUGAAACGAUAUCAUGCAGCAAUGAAAAUGUGAACAUCGAUUCGCACACAACAGCAGCGGAAAAAAGAUAUUAAAAACUACAGCCAUCGUGACGACGACGACGACGAAGUUGACGAUGAUAUAUAAAACAAGCACAAAGCUACGAAAUAUGUAAAGCAAAACUAUAGAGAGAAUAAAAAGCGAACCAGCACAUUGGCAUGAAGUUUCACCGAACGAACGGAAAGUUAUCGUUUACAAGAGCGAUACAGCACGUGUGUUGUGUGCACCACACAUACACUAGCAUACAUAUUGUUGCAGCUCAUUCGAAACGCUUUUGAAGUGAAUCGAGAGACACACAGCACACCGAUUGAAGACCGAUGAAGGCAAAGCGAAGCAAUACAACCAGAAAACAGACACAACACAACACACAGCAUAACAUACGGUGCAGACGAAAAAACCGCAUCUUCAGGUCGUUUAAAAUUGAUGUGCGUUGUUAUUUUGUUUUAAGUUGUGCAUUAAGUGACAGCGACUACACAUAAGUAGCGUCAAAUUGGUAAGCAUUCAAGCAUCCAAUACACAAAUCAAUUCAUUUCUUCUUCUCUUUUUUUGUUGUUGUUGAUCAAGGCGAAAACUUUGAAUAUGAUUAAAUUUGUGCGUCACUUAUUGCUGUACUUAAACGAAGCAUAAGAGACAUAAAAUCCAUAGAAACUAUCAUUAAAAGUUUUUCUGUGUACAUUUUGUUCGGUGGUGCUUCUCUCGAUCUGCAACGAACAACAAAUCAAUCAAACCUUUGGUGAAGGUUGUUGUUACUCAUUGUUUACACAAAACUUGGGACAAUAGUUUUUGAUCAAGUAAAUGUUUUAUCUUUUUUUUCAAAUAAAACAAUUCAAAUAUUUAAUAACGGCAAGUUUAAAGUGAAUUAAAAAACUUUUGUACGGUUAAAAGUGAACUGGACAGUUUUUAUAGCUUCUUCUAUGCAUUGUGACGAAAAAAAGAGUAAAUUUUUGUCAUUGUUGCCCGACAAACAUUUCGCUAAACCGAUUUCGUGGAAAGAAAGAGCAAAAAACGACAAAAGAAAAUGAGAUACGGUAGAAAAAUUAGAAAGUGCCCAGAUUUUGCAAAGCAGUGUAUGGAAUAUAUAUAUGUGUGUAGACGAUAUUUGUUUUUUUUUAUUUCUAUUGUGUGUUAAUCGUGCAACUGCGCCUUCUUUCAACCAAACCAUGUGAAUGAGUCCAUCAAUUGUAUUAAAAUAGAAAUGUGUUUUAAUCAAAAUGCGCACACCACACUCCAUUGGAUUCGAUGGUCCAAUAUUUUUUUUUGAGCUAUAGUCUGAUUUUUCUGAGAUUUUUCUGCUUCUUUUUCAUCAUUUUUACAAAUGCCAAUGGCAGUUGCCAUUUAUGUUUCGGAAUAAAUGUGUCCGUUUUGAAAUUGCAUUGAUUGAAGAGUUGGUUUUUUUCUGUGGAAAUUAACUGUACCGGUUUGCUCAUUUACAGUGUAUUUUACCUAGAUAUAAUAGUUACAAAUACCUAUUUUUCCUGUUACGGCAAUACUUUACAUCUCUUUUUUUUCUCUCUCUCUGUCUCUCUAUUUGCGAAGCAAAGCAAAUAAAUCGAAGAGACGCCACACUAUUUAGCCCAUGUAAUACAUAUUGAUUAAAAUACAAUGACACAGCUACAGCAUAAAAAACACACAGUGAAUAACAAACAUUCCAUCUGAUUCAAUUGAUAUUCAAUUAAAUUGCUCGGCACGACGUCAAACCGAUGUGCGUAAGUGUCAUUUCAUUCAUUGUGAUGACCAUUUUAUUUAUUGUGUGGCUUAAACUCUGCGCGACAUGCAAAACAAUUUCAGCAUUUUAUUUAAAACGAACGAAAAAAAAACAAAUCGACAUCGUCUGCUUAUGACAUAAGUUUGCUCGUUUUGAUUACGCAUCACUUGAUUUCUGUGUUUUUGCUGCUUCUGCCGCAAGCGAUUCAUUUUUUUUCAUACCAAACCCAUUAUCGUCAUUUAAUUUGUGCAAAGUGGAAAAUAAUGUUUUGAAUAAUCUUCUUUGAAAUAGCAUAGGAAAAUCCACAGAAUGAUUUGCAUCUUUUAAUGAAACGCCCACCUGAUGGAUUCAAGAAAAAACAGCCACUCGAGAUUUUACAAACGUUGAUAAUUUUGUCAUAUCAUUCGGAUUUAUGGUCAUUGAACAUGAAUCGUUCAAUUAAAUGAUAUAAAUUUAGAAUUCAUUAGUGUGUUAUGCUUCCAUGCAUGUUUCCAUCCUUUGGCAAAUGCUUGCCUAUGACGACAAUAAGAAUAGUACGCUUACAAAAACAAUUGACCACGAUCUUUCCGCAUUUCCGAUAAUCUACGUAAAAAUGAUUCGGUAGUUUGACCCAACGAUAUAUUAAAUGAAAAAAAAAAAAACUUAACAACGUCAAGAAACAGCGAAAGUUCGAGAUAAAUCAGAGUUGAACAACUGGAGUCGUGUUUUAUUUUAAACGCUUCAUGGUCGAUUUUUUGUUGUUGGGCAAAAGUUUUUCAUUUUGAUGCAAUGGAAUUGAUAUAUACAUGUGUGCAAAGUGGCGAGAUCGUCGAGCAGUUCGACAAACCGGUUCUGUAAAUGAGCCAAUAAAAACCUAUUAUUAAUUUAUUUUGACUUUCUUUAACACAUUCAAUGCCACAACCGGAAAUUAGUCACAUGUAUCGAGUGAAUGCACCCGUAAUGUACGCGGACCCGAUGAACCAUUAAAUUUCAGUUUCACUUUUGACUCCGAUAAAACUGUGCUGAGAACGUGCAUUACGUGAAUGAAACUGCGAAUAAAAUGUUGUCGAGUUCUCGAAAAAACAAACAGUCUGAACAAACAACAUGAACAAGCGUCAGCGAAUUCGGGCAACACGGUUGACGUUGUGAUUUGACCGACUUUUGAUUGUUGUCAUUUUUACGUAGCACAACGAAUGAAAAAAAAACUCCCAUCGCCAAAGAUGCGACGACAACAACAACGACGUCGACCAUAAUGACGACGACAAACAAGCACAAAUACACACACACACAUUGCUUUAUCUUCAUCAUAAUUCGUCACGCUAAAGCAUUUCACGAAUCUUUGAUUUUCCUUUUUAAGUAGGGUUACCGUAAAUAUUUUCAACAGUUUUAUUUCUCUCUUCUCAGCGUUUGCAGCACUCAAUCUCUCGAAAAAUCAAGCGAAAGUGUAUCAAUAAAUUGUUCGUGUGUGUGUGUAUGUGUUGUUUGAGAGUGAGUGUUGAGUUUUAUGAAUAAACAAAAAAAUUUCAUCCAAAACUUACAUAACUCAUUGAUUGACCAAUGAUUUGAAUUAAGUUUCUAUUAGUUUUUUCCGUUAACUCGAUUUUGACUCGCCCUUUUUUCCCCUACUCAACUCAAAAUCACCAGGAAAAUUGCAGCUGGUCAACCAUUUAACAACAGUGUGACGCUUUAUUAAUUCGCAUUAACUCAUUAUUCGUAUUGUUUGAGUUUUUUCCCAACGGAAAUGAAAAUUAAUUGGUUUGAUAUUUAAAUGGUGGCUGUGCACAACACGCAAAGCAAUGCAACGCUAUUCCAAUUUAAUUGCGUUUCAAUAACGCUUUUUUUUCUUUCAUUCGACUUCAUUAAAUACUUUGAAGCUUUUGUUGUUUAUUACAACAACGGCCGAAAAAAAUGAGAAAAGACAAGAUCUAAGACUUCUAACGCAAUAUUUACGAGUCAAUUACAAAGUUUUUGCAAGAGACCUUUAUUCCAAAAUAAAUUCAAUUAGCCAAUAUAAGAAAAGAUGUCUAUGGAAGUUGCUGGAAAGAUGAAUAUAACUCAAUAAAGACAGUGAGUCUUCACUGAAGACACAAAGUGCUCCAUUUUAAUACAUUUUUCAUUCUUUUAUUCACUUUGUAUUCGGAAUGUAAUGCUUGUUGGCGGUUUCUUGUUAAAGACUCAUUCAAAUCAGCAUGGAAAAGUCAUUAAAAAUAUGAAAAUGUGCCGUGCAUAAAUCGGAUCAAAAGUCGUAAUUUGGCUCUUAAGUUAAUUUCGUCUGAAACCAACCGAUGGAAAAUGGAAAUUUCGGUGUUACAUAAAUUACGCACUGGUAUCACGACAUAGACAGUCAAGCAUCUCUUCAUCAAAGGCCAUACCUAUAUUAUUUCACUGUAGGAUUUAAAUAGAGCACCAAUCAAAGAGGUCGUUCAUCCAUGAAGUUAAAGUAAUGUUUUCUCCUUCUUACGGAAUAAAGUGCACAUCUCAAGGUUGUAAAUGAAAUUUUUGUCUCAUCCCACAAUCAAUACGUAUAUGUCAAUUCCUACAGUGAAUCUAUAUCAUUUGAUUUGAAUUCCAUGGAAAAAUUAAUAGGAAUAAAGUCGUGAUUUUUUUCCUUUUAAAAUUUUACCAUUUUUUCUAAGAUUCGAUUUAUCCAAAGAGAGUGUUUGUGUGUGGCAAGCCCUUUGCGUUUCCGCUAUAAUUUCUAUUUGAUGAAAAACUGAAUCAAAAACGUGUUUUGCUCAUUUCACACAUCAAUCGAUGUUAAAGUUAUCACCGGCACAAUCUAACACACCGACCUAUGUGUAUGGAAUACACCAGCAGCAACGCUUAUACCGUUUCGUAAUGCCGGCAUAUAAAAAAUGUGUCAAUAUUUUUACAUCGACAAUGAUAAUCUUUUUUUUUGUAGCAUAUGAAUGCCGUAAUAAACGAUCAACAAGUUUUGUGUUUUGAGUCGCAGCUCUUUGAAUGAUUGUCUGUCUUUAGUAGCAAUCUAGCAAGUUUAGCGUGAUGACUGACGAUUAUGAGCUAAUAUGUAAUUACAGCAUUAGAGCGAGAGAAAAAAAAUAGUUGAUGUGACCAAGCAUUUAUUUCUGGGGCACAUUGUGUGCAAAUUCCCUCUGGAAAUGUUUGUUAAAUCAUUAUCGUCAUUUUAAAUUCGCAUCGUAGAUUGUCCCACCUAAGCAAUUGAACUUUAUUGCUGCUCACUUACUUAGCACAUUCAAUUGAGGCUGAAUCAGAACGAAAAGAAAAAAAUUGGAUGAAACACACAUGUUGAAUACAAUUUAAUGAUGAUGUAAAAAAAAGUGUUUCAAUUUGUCGAUUCGAAUAAAUCGAUACAUCGAAUUUUAUUGAAGCGAAGUUUCGAUUUGCGAAAAGUCGUCAAGAGUUUCUCUGUAAACACAUCAUCAUGCAAAUAUUGUGACAAUAUAAACGAAUAACGAUUCCAAAUUGUUGUUGUAGCACCAAAUGACGUCAAUGUUCAGGAAGGAGCGGUUGUUGAUGGUGUAAACACGUCGCAGCUUUUAUGGGAAAUUCGAUCAAGAGGAUUUACAUUUUUUUAAAUGUCAUCCAAAGAUAUUGAGCACGCUACUGGCCAUAAAGGAUGGAUAGCCGCCAACCACAGUAUUGAUAUGGACAACAACGUUUAAUGUCGAUUUCAUUGUCCUCAAUUUACAAUUGGAUAUUCGUCACUCAACACACAGUUCAGAGAGAGAGAGAGAGAGAGAUACAGAAAGAGCUCGAUAAAAAGCUUAAGUGAAACUAUAAAAGAAAAAAUCAAACAAAAUAAAAACCAAGCCAAAAUUCAUAUAAAUGAAUGUAAAUAAAGUGAUUUCAGUGUUGGUAAAAAAAGUGAUGAGCACGUGCGAAUAACAUAAAGCCAAUUGCCAAGAGCGUUUACAGCAAUACUAUCAUCGAACCAAACGAAAAUUGCAUAACAUGAUGAUGAAUGUGAAGCGGCAUUUUGCCUAUCAUUCGAUAUUGGCGUGCGGUUUAUUUGCAAUUUUAGCCAGUACCGUUGCAAAGCCCUCAUUUUCACUGACGCCAUCGUUGCCUUCAUUUACAUCGUUCACACAAGAUUAUGUCGGUCGCAAGCAUGCUGCACAAAUGAAAGGCUACAGCGGUAUUCGCCAGCAAAACGAUUCACUCUUAAUGAUUUAUUAUCAUGACCAAACCGUGGCAAUAGUUGAACUUGGCCCUGAAAAGCUGUUAAUAGGCUGUGAACUAAUUGAAAUUUACAAUGAAAGUGCCGGGAAAAAAUUGCUCAAACAACUAUCGAAAAUAAACCGACCGUUGGAAAUCCAAUUCACUGACAUGCUGAACCUCAUGAACCAAUGUGAUAUUGUUGAAAACCAGAAUGUGAAACGUAAUCAACGCCGUAAUACGCAUCCCGCGAGUGAUGAGGAUACCAGCAAAACGUUUGCAUUUGGAAAAAACAAUCCAUUCUCGGUGUUCAGUGGAAUUAUACCGGGGACAAAAUGGUGCGGCACUGGUGAUAUAGCAACAACGUAUAACGAUUUAGGAACUGAAGAGAAUAUGGACAGCUGUUGUAGAACCCACGAUUUAUGUCCAGUGAAAAUCCGCGCCUACGAAGCCAAAUAUAACAUCACAAACAAUUCGUUGUAUACAAAAUCGCAUUGCGUGUGUGAUGAUAUGCUGUUCGACUGUUUGAAGAAACUUGAUGAUACACCGGCUGCACAGCUUAUGGGAUCUAUCUAUUUCAAUAUUGUGCAGGUGCCGUGCAUCCAUGAGACACCCAAAGGCAUUCAGUAUCGCAAAGCCAGAGAAGGUUUCUGAAGCAGAAUUUUAUUUAUCAACUUAAAAUUAGUUAUUAAUUCAGUGUAAUUUAUCAAUGGAAUCAAGUGCCGUCCAGAGAGAAUACAAAUCUAAUCGCGCUGUUAUCUGUUAUAUUGAUAUUAUUGUCUAGUAAAUUGUGGCUAGUUUCUAAGCAAUUUUCUGUGUACUAUAUUUGUUGACAUUUUUUUUUUUGAAGUAAAUGAAAAUAGUAUUGAAAUAUUUUAAACAAAAUGACACUCACAAUACAACGAAUUAAACUUGCAAAGUACAAAUAUAAACGACUAUUCUAGAGAGAAA